AUGGAAGUGGCCGUCCCCAGUAGCAUCAGCAGCUCCGCGGCGUCUUUGGAGAGGAUCGUCCCGGCGGCGGCGGCGGCGGCGACAGACCUGGGGGAUUGCAGUGCGUUCAAGGUUUACAAGCGGCGCUGGUUCCUGCUGGCCGUCGUCUGCCUGCUCAAUUGCUCCAAUGCAAUGCUAUGGUUGACAUUUGCUCCUGUGGCUGAUAAAACAGCAGAACACUUCCAUACCUCUUUGGACAUGGUCAACUGGUUGUCUCUUGUGUACCUUUUGAUAUCAGUUCCAUUUGGGCUGCUAGGAAUAUGGAUUCUGGACACAAUUGGACUGAAAUGUGCAGUGAUCCUCUGUGCCUGGCUGAACAUGGUGGGGAGCAUCAUUCGAAUUUUCAGCGUCAUCAGCAUUUUCAGCCUGGGCUCCAUGAACUUUGCAUACCUGCUUGUUGGACAGUGUCUCUCUGCUAUGGCACAGCCUCUCAUCUGUUUUGCGCCAACCAAACUUGCAGCCUUGUGGUUCCCAGAGCACCAGAGAGCCACUGCCAACAUGAUUGCCUCAAUGUCCAAUCCGUUGGGCCUUCUUAUAGCUAAUCUUCUGUCACCUGCACUUGUAAAAGAAGAAAAAGAUAUUCCUUUAAUGCUUGGAGUGUAUGCUGGACCUGCUGUGCUUGCCUGUGUCUUAGCAACUGUUGGUGUUCAUGAGAAGGUCCCUCCAACACCACCAUCCGCAAGUGCCAGCCAUUCUAAUUCACCAACCUUCUGUGGAGGUUUGAAAAUGCUGAUGCGAAAUAAGCCAUACCUCAUUUUGGCAUUCUGCUUUGGGGCAGGGAUUGCCCUGUUCACAUGCUACACUGCUCUGCUGGAACAGAUCUUGUGUUCAAAUGGAUAUUCAAACUCUUUUGCAGGUUUGAGCGGUGCCUUGUUUACUGUGUGUGGCCUCAUUGGUGCCUUCCUUCUUGGGCUCUAUGUUGAUCGGACAAAGGCGUUUACCGAAAGUACUAAGAUCUGUCUCUGUCUGACUUCACUGGCUUGCAUUGCAUUUGCAGUGGUGUCUCAGUUUAGAAAUCAGGUCUAUGUUUUGGCAACAGUCAGCUCACUCUUUGGGUUCUUUGGAUUUGCUACAUAUCCCAUUGCUAUGGAACUAGCUGUGGAAUGCUCCUACCCUGUGGGAGAAGGAACUUCGUCAGGGCUGAUCUUUGUGACUGGUCAAGUCCUAGGAGUUAUUGUUAUGGUUUUGGCCCAAAAUCUCACCACUAAAAUGAAAGAGGCUCCAUUCUCUACUUGUACCGUAGUCGAAGGUGGUGCUCAGGACUGGACAAUUUCAACACUAAUGAUGGCUGGACUCUGCAGCUUCAUAGCUUGUUUCUACGUCAUUGCCUUUCACACUAAUUACAGGAGGAUCUCUACUGAGACAUCUAAUGCCUGUUCACUCAACAAAACAGAUGAUGAUGUUGCAGUAACAGCACAACAAUGAAAUGCUCCAACUGAACUCUGGACCAACAAGUGCCUAACACACAGUUAACACUUCAGUGACCUCAAAUGUCAUUAUCUGCGUACAAUUGCACAGUAAAUUAUACUUUGAUGGAA